CGGAUGGCGGAUUUAAAGAGAACAUUAAUGUCCUGCAGAGGACUUCUGAUUCUACAUCCGAUUCUCUUUUUUCACUUCUGAUCAUGGAGAAAAAAGUCAUCUGAAUUUACCCCUCCCCCUUUCUCUCGCCCCCUCCCCUCCCCUUCUCUCUCUCUCUCUCUCUCUCUCUCUCUCUCCAUCAUAUCGCGGUUUCAUUCAUCCGUGUUCUCCUCCAGCUCGUCGUCCAGCCUCGCUCCACUCAGAGUUUUCAGUUCCACACUGAGCCCCAGAGAUUGUGAAGAACCGACUGGAGGGAGACAGUGUGAGUGAGACAGUGUGAGUGAGACAGUGUGAGUGAGACAGCGUUUUUCCUGAAGAUCAGGUUGAGAUCAGAUUGAGAUCAGAAGGAGAACCUGGUGACUUUCAGGGACUCUGAAGAGACCUGAGAUCAGAGAAACCCACUUCAGGCCAGGAUCUGAUCCCAUGAGGAGACGAUGUGGCAGCCUAAUGAGAGUCAGGACUGCAAUCCUACUGCAAAACAGAUAAUAUGGCAAAUGUGUUAGAGCCCAUGGCGUGCCCUCAGCAGUGACUGUACAGAACGAGUGCCUACUUCUUCCUGCCUACUUUAUGGACUAGAGACUAUCUACUAUCUUUUUCCACAAUUUCUCCUCAUCAUGAAGACCAAGUCAUAUGCCCCGUCCGCUGCCAGCAUUGCCCUUCUGCUCUUUCCUUCUCUUCUCCUGCUAUUUUCAGCACCAGACCUCGCCUGUGGUGACUGCUGGCUCAUCGAGGGGGAUAAGGGCUACGUAUGGCUGGCCAUCUGCAGUCAGAACCAGCCGCCGUAUGAGACAAUCCCGCAGCACAUCAACAACACAGUGCAUGAUUUACGGCUCAAUGAGAACAAGCUCAAGGCUAUAUUCUUCUCGUCACUAAGCCGCUUUACAAACCUGACAGACCUCAACUUGACCAAGAAUGAGAUCUCCUACAUUGAGGAUGGUGCCUUCGCUGGCCAGGCUAACCUCCAGGUGCUGCAGCUGGGCUACAACAAACUGACCAAUCUGACGGAAGGCAUGUUGCGAGGCUUGGGACGCAUACAGUGUCUCUUCCUGCAGCACAAUCUCAUCGAAGUCAUCGCCACAAAUGCCUUCUGGGAAUGCCCCAGCCUCAGCAGUCUGGACCUGUCCUCUAACAAGCUGGCUCGAUUAGACUCAUCCACGUUCAGAGUGUUGGGAAGGCUGAUGGUGUGCGAGCUGGCAGGGAACCCGUUUCACUGUGGCUGUGAGCUCUACACCUUCCUUGUUUGGCUGGAGGCCUUCAACAAUGUCACACACACCUAUGAUCGAUUACAGUGUGAGACUCCACGGGAGCUUUUUGGCUACCCGUUGCUAAGUCCUGUCGGAGGACCUGGUCGAAGUGCUCUCAACAUCCUCGCCUCCAUGUGCAGAGAUGGAGUGUUUAUUCCAGGGAUGACUUCAUUGCCACCAGAUUUGGAUUCCUCAGGCAUGGGGCCCGAUAUGUUUGAUCGUAUUGGACCGUACCAUCAGCCCACAACCUCAUCCUCCUCUGAGAACACAUUCAGCCCCAGUAUCACACUUCAACAGGUGUCUCUUUCUUCAGCAUCUCUGCUCGUGCAGAUACCGCGUCCCUAUAGUAAGAUGUAUAUCUUAGUACAGUACAAUCAGAGCUUUGUUUCUGACGUAAUGAACCUGAAAAACAAGAAGGAGUUGAUUAAGCUAAACAAGCUCAUACCAAACACCAACUACACUUUUUGUGUGGCCUCUAUACGCAACUCACAGCGUUUUAACCACACAUGUCUUCAGUUUUCCACUCGGACUUCUACUACAGAUGACUUAGUACCCACCCCAUCCACUACCACACAUUACAUUAUGACCAUUGUGGGCUGCUUGUUUGGGAUGCUAAUUGUCCUUGGUCUGGUAUAUUACUGUUUGAGGAGGCGUCGUAGACAAGAAGAAAAAGAGAAAUCAAUUUGUGUGAAAAAGACCAUUUUAGAAAUGCGGUAUGGACCUGAGGUUGCAGCUGCAGCUACCAGUGAUCCAACAGCAGUGCAGAAGCUCCAUGAUCAGGCCCACCACCAGCAUCACCAUGGAAAGCUUCCCUUGUCCUCCUCUGGUUCAGGCAUGUUGGGUCAUGGGCCUGGUAACACUAGUUCCUCACGUCUCUCCACCAUUCCUCAAGUAGAGAAGCUGGCUACGGCCUUCUCUGAGGCAAUGGCAACCAAGGGCAACUACAUGGAUGUUAGGACUUCAGGCAUAGGAGAUGAGAGAGGGCGAGAUGGAGUAAGGCAGCCUGUUAGAGCAGAAGACCUAAUGGAGGAAGAUGGAAGUGACCUGGGAGAUGACUCAGAUGGUGAUGAUGGUCGAGGGUCAGCAUCCGAGAUCUCUACUAUUGCAAUGGAGGUUGAUAAGGUUAACCAGAUCAUUAAUAACUGCAUUGAUGCACUUAAACUCGACUCUGUAGCAGCUGCAGUGUCCUCUGCCGCUACAUCGAGUGGAAAUCCCACUUCACCACCACCUAGUAGCACCUCCUCCAUCACCAGGGGGCUAAUACCACUCUCACCUGGUGUCAGUGAGGCCUGUCAGGUCCUGCCCUCUCCAAAAAUCCCGCCUCCACCUCCUCUGCCUCUAACAACUCCUCUUUCUGAAAGGCCAGGGAUUACAGGAGGAGGCUUUGUCUCACCACCAUACCGUCCACCGCCACCAGCCACAGCAGUUAGACCUAUUCAGCGACAGAUGAGUGCCGAUGCAGCUGUGAUUGUCAGCUCUUCUAAGAAGCAUUGUGGUCCUGUGGGUGGAAAAGCUCGGGUGUACAGCCUGGAUGUGCCUGAACCACGCAGUCCUGAUCCCUGUCAGUAUCCUGAGAAGGGAAGCCCAAUUCGCUGUGGGGAACCUCUGGAUAGACUACCCUUAGUUGGUGGUGGUGGUGUAGGCUGUAACAUGGAUGGAGUCACUGUGGAUGGUGUGAGCCUUCAGCAACACUUGGAGGUACAUCCAGACUUCCACUGUGCAGAGCACCGUCACUCGGUCCCUGCCCUUUAUUACGAGGGCUCCCAUGGUUCCCCUGCACAAAGAGCCUCUUUCCUCAAACCCCUGUCGCGUGCCAAGAGAGACGCUGCUUCUUACUCUCAGCUCUCGCCCCACCAACACAGUUACUCCGGGUACUCGUCCAGUCCGGAGUAUUCCUCCGAGAGCACACUGCGAAUCUGGGAGCGCUUCCGUCCAUAUAGAAAGGGUCCACGCGAGGAGUCCUGUUACAUUACAGCUGGAAAUGCACUGCGCAAGAAGGUCCAGUUUGCAAAGGGGGAGGACCUACAUGACAUCCUGGACUACUGGAAAGGUGUGUCAGCACAGCAGAAGCUGUGAGCUAUGAAGCAGUGGGGAUCUAAAGCACUGAGCUUAACAGUGCCUGAAUCAUUUGAAGAUCCUCUGCGGAGAUGUAGCCAGAAGGAUGGCUAGUGUGUACAAAGCAAGGUUGAGUUUGUCAGGGUCUGAGGACAAGUUGUACAGGAUGAGUCAUCAGAGAGCCGGAGGGAGGGAGAGAGAGAGAGUGAGAGAGAGAGAGAGAGAGAGAGAAUCACAACACAGCCCAUGUCUAUGGUAGCAUUAUUUAAAUCUAAUUUUAGACCCAUAAGCUGAGGCUGACUUGUGUUUGAUGAAGUCAUUCCAUAGGGCAUAACAUUUUUAUAAAAUAAUCAUGUUUGCCCCACAUUCAUCUGUGAAUCCUUUGUUUAUACCCAUGAUGAGACCUCUAUAUCCCGAAUUCUCAUUCAGCUUCUGAAACCCUGUGCAUGUAUUCCGUCUCCCACGUGAUUCACCGGCAUUGCAUUUAUUUCUGAAUUAACCAUGUGUGUGUGUGUGUGUUCGGAGGCUGCGCUGAUUUUAUAUAAAGCUGCCAAAACCAGACUUUUUCAUCUCGGGUUCCAGAGCUGCCACAUUUCCAUUUCAAUAGGGUCUCAAAAAAAAAUGAGAGGAGGAGGACAAAAUAUGAAAAAUAAUCCAGCAGAAACACCCGAGAUCUUCAGCAGUGUCAGGAUGUUUUGCCAACUGAAUGAACAGGACAAUAUUUAAAUAAAGGAAAACUCAGUUUCAGGUCAGGACCACUACAACACCACUGUACAGAUAAACAAACAGAACCAGCUCUUAUUAAAUACACAUAUAAAACUCCUCAAUAAACUGUAAACGACAAGCUCCCUAACUCCACCUCCAGCCCCUCCACACACCCCUCUAUUCACAGACCUUAUUUAAUUAAUGUCCAGUUUGAUUAGGUUAAUUAAUUAGCAAUUAACCAAAGUUAUUUUGUGAAGUGUGUGUGGGAGUUAACUGUCAUGACUUCUAAUUUGAUUAAUAAGGAUCACUCUGUCCUCCUCAUUCUCUCCCCUCGUUUAACCUAAACGUCAUGCUUUCAUAAGCCAAAAAAUUAGAUUAGUGACGUGGAGGGAUUAAUAUAGUGAGUGUGUAUCAACAGUGUACAAGCAGCGUACUUCAUCCUGAGAGCGGCGCCUUAAUGUUAUAUUAUAAUGUUGUGAUGUCCUCUAACAUCCUGGAUGAUGAUAAUCAUAAUGAUGAUGAAAUAUCUGAUAAAUAUGAUCAACUAGCACAGUUUUUAACAAAGAAGUCCUUUCAUAGAUAUAGGAUGAAGUCUGUAAUAGCAGUAAGAUGUUUAUGUUCUCAGUAGCACUCACUGAUUAUUCACAGGAUCCAUCAUCAGGGAGAUGUCUUCUGAACUCACAAACUCCUUCACAUCAUCGCCGUUCAUCCAGCACUUCCUUUACAUACUGUAUUCUUUAGUUUGGUUUGGUGUUGCAUCAUGAGCAUGAGAUCUUACCCCGAAUUCAAACAGGAGUGUUAUCAGAAACCAACAGCUUAAGUUAGGACAGUGUUAAAGAAAGACAGAGAACGAGAACAGCAAAAGCUGCGCAGUUGUAUUUACAACACAGCCCAUUGGCCAUGAAAUAAAGGUAUUAAGUGUGACCGCAUAUAAUGAAAAAUAACCACGUCACCUCAGAGCUUCAGAAGAAGGGUGUGAUAUGAGUGGAAAAGAAUUCUAGAUGUUAUAUAAAUGUGCCUGUUGUGAUACACAUGUCUGGUGUGAAUUGUCCUUCGCACUGGUGUAAAUACAGCACAUUCAUCUCAAUCUUUAUGCAGUCGGCUAAUGAUCUCUCGCGCUCUCCUUCUGGAGUUCAGCAGUCGCUGGUGUGUGAGCUGGAAGUAAGGUUCGCUCCUGAACAUGAAAUGUUUACAAAAGUGUCCCAUAAAAGUUCACCCCUGGAGGAGGGGCGAGCAUCGUGGAUAUGAAGAGAGCCCUGUAUCUAAACAGGGAUUUACACACACACACACACACACACAAUCAUCAGCAAAAACGAGUAAACAAACGAAUAAUCAUCCACCGUUCAUCAGCCGUGUGAUGAGUGAGAAUGAGGAUGUACUGCUACCGGAGGCUUACUGUGACAAACUUCCUCCUCAUCUUCAUUCCUGCUUUAUUUCUGUUCCUUUGCUGAGAAACCAACUUCAGUUCAUAUUAUUCACACACCACUGUCGGAUAGAUCCCUUUAUUUUCUGUCUCUUUUCCCUUCUCACUUGUCCUUCCUGUAAAAGUCUGUUCUCUGUUCCUAAAGUUAAUUCACAUCUGAUGAUCAGUAAAAUAAUUUUCAUUCUUUGAAGAUGAUUUUAUUUUAAACUAAUAAUUAUUCAUAAAGAUGUAUAUGGAUUGUUUCUUUUGGUUGUGAGAUGUUCAGUCAGUGCUCUCCUGCUAAAGAACCUUUAACAUUUUCUCAUUUAAACACAUGGUCCAGAUAACACGUUAUAUGGCAUUUUCUCUGCAGAUUUCCUCCUGGACUCAGCUGAUUAAUCCUCACAGUACUGAUUAAACCUCGCAGUACUGAUUAAUCCUCACAGUACUGAUUAAACCUCGCAGUACUGAUUAAUCCUCACAGUACUGAUUAAUCCUCACAGUACUGAUUAAACCUCGCAGUACUGAUUAAUCCUCACAGUACUGAUUAAACCUCGCAGUACUGAUUAAUCCUCACAGUACUGAUUAAUCCUCACAGUACUGAUUAAUCCUCGCAGUACUGAUUAAUCCUCACAGUACUGAUUAAACCUUGCAGUACUGAUUAAUCCUCACAGUACUGAUUAAACCUCGCAGUACUGAUUAAUCCUCACAGUACUGAUUAAUCCUCACAGUACUGAUUAAUCCUCGCAGUACUGAUUAAUCCUCACAGUACUGAUUAAACCUCGCAGUACUGAUUAAUCCUCACAGUACUGAUUAAACCUCGCAGUACUGAUUAAUCCUCACAGUACUGAUUAAUCCUCACAGUACUGAUUAAACCUCGCAGUACUGAUUAAACCUCGCAGUACUCGCUCCAAUUACCUGCUGUUAGUUUUCUAGAUUUCUAGAUCAGUGUGUUGUUUUUGCUAAUCUGAUUUAUACGUCAUGUUUUGGCCUGAGAGAAGUCUGAGUGUUCACCUGGGAAUGUUUGUAGUGGUUAAUUACUCAAUCUGGUCAAAUGUCAACAGUUUGUUUUCUGCUCUGUAACACUGAGAUGAUAAUUACACGCUUGAGGCUUGGCUCAUUUUCCCCGAACAACACAACCUUCCUCACUGGUCAGGGUCAAAACCGAGAGUCUUACAAUUACAGCCGGUUAUGUGUUAAAGAAUGAGUGCAUUUCUCACAGCUCAGAUAAAAGCAGAAUAAUGACGUGUGUGUGUGUGUGUGUGUGUGGUGAGAAAACACAGCAGAAUGCAUGAAGUAAAAAUGUGAUACACAAUUUCAGAAACAGGAAGCUGAACUGAGGGAGUGAAAUUUACUUGGAGUGGAAAGAGGCUGUGAAUCGAAUACAUGACUAAAAUAUAAAACAAGAAAAUCCACCCAGGUUUGUUUGCUAAUUAGUGUAAACUUAUCUAAAGUCUGAUUCAUGAACUGGUCCGUCAGCAGGAGCAGUGUGAAGGAAAUGUGCUCUCAGACUGAAAAGAUAUCCAGAAAAUUGUAUUCUAUAGAUCUACAUCAGAAUAUUUCAGUAAAUAUUUUUGUCUUAAAUGAGAUUUUUUUUUUUGUUUAAAUUUUUUUUUGUUUAAAGAACAACAUCACUGACAGGGUGAAAUAUAAAGACAGAACGGUGCCCGAGACACUGAGGCACUGAGAGGUGAGGUGAGAGACAAGGUGAGAGACAGGGUUGAGAGAAGAGGUGAGAGAUGAGGUGAGAGACAGGGUUGAGAGACAAGGUGAGAGGCGAGGUUGAGAGACGGGGUUGAGAGACGAGGGGAGAGGCGAGGUUGAGAGAUGAGGGGAGAGGUGAGGAUGAGAGGCGAGGUUGAGAGACGAGGUUGAGAGGCGAGGUUGAGAGACGGGGUUGAGAGACGAGGGGAGAGGCGAGGUUGAGAGACGGGGUUGAGAGGCGAGGUUGAGAGACGAGGUUGAGAGACGGGGUUGAGAGGCGAGGUUGAGAGAUGAGAUGAGAGGCGAGGUUGACAGACGAGGUUGAGAGACGGGGUUGAGAGACGAGGGGAGAGGCGAGGUUGAGAGACGGGGUUGAGAGGCGAGGUUGAGAGACGAGGUUGAGAGACGGGGUUGAGAGACGGGGUUGAGAGGCGAGGUUGAGAGAUGAGAGGAGAGGCGAGGUUGACAGACGAGGUUGAGAGACGGGGUUGAGAGACGAGCGGAGAGGCGAGGUGGAGAGACGGGGUUGAGAGACGGGGUUGAGAGACGAGGGGAGAGACAAGGGGAGAGGCGAGGUUGAGAGACGGGGUUGAGAGGCGAGGUUGAGAGACGAGGUUGAGAGACGAGGGGAGAGGCGAGGUUGAGAGACGGGGUUGAGAGACGGGGUUGAGAGACGAGGGGAGAGGCGAGGUUGAGAGACGGGGUUGAGAGACGGGGUUGAGAGGCGAGGUUGAGAGACGAGAGGAGAGGCGAGGUUGAGAGACGAGGUUGACAGACGAGGUUGACAGACGAGGGGAGAGGCGAGGUUGAGAGACGGGGUUGAGAGACGAGGGGAGAGGCGAGGUUGAGAGGCGAGGGGAGAGGCGAGGUUCAGAGACAAGAUUGAGAGAUGAGGGGAGAGGCAGGGUUGAGA